AGCCUGCAACUUUCCUCAGAACCCUCUUUCUCUCUCUCUCUCUCUCUGAAUUAAAGAGAAUCAAAUCAAUUACUCCUGUUUCUUCUUCCCAAUUGUACAGUGAGCAAGGAAAAGCAUCUGGGUAUUGCCUAGUUUUUUCAUUUGAGCACCUUCUGAUUCUAUCUUCCCUGCAGCUUUUUUGUUCCUCCAUUACCAGACACAAAAGGAAAUUGUUUCAAACCCUUUUCUUCUUCUCUCCUCCACUCAUUAUUACUCCCUCUGCAUUAUUUUGGUUCUUGUCGAAUUCUCUUACACACAUCGAAAUCAUGUACGGGUGGGAGAAAUCACUCGGAGAAAAUAGAUACAGACAAGAGAGGAGGAAACCCUCUUUCUCUUCGAGUCUUCUAGAUGAAAUCUAUCGUUCAAUCGAUGAUUGUGGAAGUGAUUUACAGGACUUGAAGUUUUACCCACACACAAUGCAAAAGAAACAGAGCAAAGUUACGACCAAAAGCAGUAGAAUUCCACGAAAGCAAGAAGAGGUUUCUGGGAAACGUAGAGCUUGCUUGGUUGAGAAAUGGGUGGAAGAGAAAGCGAAUGAAAAAUCCAUUGUUGCACGUCAGAGAGGCCAACUGUUGAAAAUUUUCGAGAGAGAAAAUCAUUACGAUCACGAUCACGAUCACGAUGCCUUGUUAUUUAGCUCCACUUCAAUCUCAUCAGAUUCAAGCUCUGGUGGGUUCUCAUCCUCCGACACAGAUUCCAUCUACGGUACAAGAUCUAGAGGUGGGACUAAGCCAAUCCGAAACAGCGUCUUGCCUCGCUCACAGAAAACAGAGUGUACUCUGUUUUAUCAACGAAGAGAGUUUCAGUUGUUGGACGAUCACGAUCCAAAGCAAGAAGAUGGUUUCAUCAAGUCAAAAUCCAGGGCUAUGAAGAUUUACAGUAAUCUCAAGAAGGUGAAGCAGCCGAUUUCCCCCGGCGGCCGCCUCGCCAGCUUCAUUAAUUCUCUUUUCAGUGCAGGAAGGUCCGCAAAGAGCUCAUCACCAUCAACAAUGAUGAGCUGCGAUGUAGAUAGAACCAUCCAUAGCAGACAAAGCAAAUCAGGUCAAAUCUCAACAUGUUCCUCUGCUUCUUCUUUUUCUCGGUCAUGCCUGAGCAAAAACUCGCCUUCUACAAGGGAGAAGCUGCGUAAUGGAGUUAAAAGAAGCGUUCGGUUUUACCCUGUUAGCAUCAUUGUAGACGAGGAUUGCAGACCCUGCGGCCAUAAAAGUCUGUAUAAAGAAGAAAACGAUGCGGGAGUAAUGUCCUUAUCAGUCCCAACUUCAUGGAAAAUCGGCAAGUCGCCGUCGAGGAAGAAGGAGGAAGAGCUGAAGUUAAUGGUGAUGGAGAAGAGCAGGAAAGUAGAGGAAAUGGCGAGGGAGUUAUUGAGAGACUACCAUCAUCACCAUCAUUGUCAUCAUCACCAUCGCCAUCACCAUCACCAUCACCAUCAUCAUUCAAAGAAGAACAGUUUGACAAUCUCCUCAAACGUUGGGGAUAAUUAUGAUGAUGAUGAUGCAGCCAGUGAUUCAAGCUCGGAUUUGUUCGAGCUUGAUCAUCUUUCAGUAAUUGGAAACAACAGGUAUGAUGAAGAACUUCCUGUGUAUGAAACUACCCACAUGGAUACUAAUCGUGCCAUUGCUAGUGGCUUGAUCCUGUAAUUUUGUUUUCUUUUAAUGUUAUAGAAAAGAAAAUUCAUCAUAGAAUAUUGGUUUUUUUAAGAUUCAUAUAAAAUUAGUGAUAGCUUGAACUGUAAACAAUCUAAUUAGAAAUGAGAGGGAAAAAGAAAAGGAGAGAAAUCUGGAGAUGGGAAAGUGAAGAUUUUAAUUGAAGGUGAGAGAAAGAAAAGAAAGAUUCUAGAUGGGAAUGAGAAGCAAAAUGGUAAAAGAGAAAGGGGCAGAUCUUCUUCAGCCAUGGGAAUAGAGAAAGUGGAAAACUUUGUUUUACUUUCUCUUCUCUUCAGAUUUGAUGUUGCAAAAGGGCCCCCUUCUCUUUUUCACCUGCUUAACCUAAUACCCCUCUGCCUCUUCCCCAUGCCAUGUACAACUUUCAUUUCCUCUUUACAUAUACAUAUAUAUAUAU